GUCGUACAACGUGCUAAAUUCCUCACCGGGCUGUUUUGGGUGGGAGACAUUACACAAAUGUAAACCCAUCGGCCGUUGGUGGACCCCUCGGCAAUGUUUACAAUACAAAUAAACCAGUUUGCACAGUUUGCAAGUUACGUGUGCGCUCGAAGAUUUUUGAUAAUUUUUGAAUAUUAAGAUAUUUAAUACAUAAUACUUGCAAUACGUUCACAAUGUCACAUAAAAGCAUUUGCCAAAUUCCAGACUCCUCACUUCCGGAAUCCAUCACCGAAACCAACCUCACAGAACCACUUCUGGAAGUUAUCAAAGAGGAACCCCAGCUGGACAUCCCAGCCACCGAACAGCUGUACGAAGUCUUGCUCCUAGUUGAGGAACCAAAGUCCGAACCAGCCGAACCCAUCCCGGAGGUGUCCCUCUUCUGUUCCCUCUGUCUACGCCCGUGCACCUGCGACCAGGUGGUCGAAUUCUCCACCGAACCCAGCUGGAACGGCCUGGAUGUGGCGAGCGGACGGGACAAGUUGGUGCCACUUUUGGGCGUGGAGAUUGAGCUGGAGCAGUGUGCCGUUUGCCGGUCGUGUUGGACAUUGGUGGAAAUGUUGGCCGAUUUUCGGGAGAGUUGUCUGAAGGCGGCUGCUUGGAGGAUGCAGUUCAAUUUUGGGUUGGACGAGGUUGGGGACGAUUGGUUGUCCAAGGAGAACUUGGAGUUGAUGGCGAGGACGCAGAAGGUGGUUCAAAGGCAUGUGGAACGUAUUCAAACGGCUGAAAUUGUGACGCGGAACAGUCAAAAUUCGGAUGCGAAUGAUUUGCCGGAGGAGAAGCCAAUGCUGAAAGAUGAAAAGGAUUGGGUGCAAGGCGCGAACUAUUCAGAAUCACCAAAAGAACUGCCAAAAAAUGAUUCCCCCAGCGAAUCCGCCGAAAUCGUCGAGAAAAUGGAAAUAUCAUCAUUUAGCUGCGCAAAAUGCCAGCGAAAGUUUGAAACCAAAUCGGGCAUGGCGAUUCACUUCAAGUAUUGCAUAAAUCCAACGCGCAAGAAGCCACUUGUCCCGAAGCUGCACACUUGCUCGAUCUGUUCGGCCAAUUUCAGAUACUGGUCUCAGUUGGAAGAGCAUUUUACAAGGCACGCGGGAAGCAAAGAAUUCGAGUGCCGCAAGGGAAACUGCAAGAGACGGUUCUUUUCUAUGCCUAGUCGAAAGAAACACGAAAACAAUUGCAAGGGAAUGAACUUGUUGGAGGUAAGUUUUGGUCAAGAAUCUUCGGCAACAUGCAGCGAGACCAUGGAGAUGCAGCUUCCAACAGAGAUACGGGUUUACCCGUGCAAAAAUUGUCCACGGAAAUUCGACACCGAAGGAGGAUUGAGUAAACAUGCUUGGAGGUGCAAAGAACCAGAUCAGAACCGCCAGCUCCACACAUGCGAGAUCUGUUCGAUGGAAUUUCUCAAUGCUAAAAAUCUUGAUGCGCACAUGAAUAAGCACAACGGAAUCAAACCGUACAAGUGCAAAAACGAAACCUGCGGCAUGCACUUUUACGGCAAGCUUGAAAUGUACGCGCACGGUAGAGUUUGUGGCAAGGACAAACCCAUCUGCCAGCUGUGUGGCCGUCAGCUGUCCUCGGAGGUGACGCUGCGGGCGCACAUGGAAACCCACGCGGCAGAGCCCACCGCCGAGUGUGAAACGUGCGGCAAAAAGUUUAAAACGAAAAAGCUUCUCAAGACGCACCAGGCGGUCCACUCGGACGAGCGGAAGUUUUCGUGCGACGAGUGCGGAAAGGCUUACAAAACGCUGUACGCGCUCAAAGUGCACCGGCGGAAUCACAUGGAGGUGAAGCCGUUCAGUUGUACCGUUUGCGGGAAGGGGUUCGUGUACAAGUGUCUCGUGAAGCCGCAUAUGGAUAAGUAUCAUGGCGGAGGGGAUUUCAAGGGAACACCAAUAACCAAAAACUUAAUUUUACAAUACAGAAUGGAGGGCACCGGCAAAAAGAGUCGCAAAAAGGUCGAUCCCAAAGUGCUGGAAGCUUGCAUGAGCGCGGUUCGUUCCGGGGAAAAAUCCUUCUACGCCGCCAGCAAGUCCUUCGGCAUUCCCACCUCCACGAUCCGCUACCGGAUGAGCGAUGAGUGGAAGAACCGAGCUCAGAAAGGGUCGGGCACGGUGUUGACGCCGGCCGAGGAGAAACGGAUCAUUGCGUGGCUGCAGGACAGCGAGACAAAGGGUCUUCCGGUGGGGAAGCAAACUCUUCUUUUCAAGAUUAGAGAUUUGCUCGUGGAAAACCCGCGACCGACACCGUUCAAGGACAAUAUUCCGGGUCGAAAGUGGCUCACUGGAUUCCUUAGGCGUCAUCAAGGAAAAGUAACGCUGCGAACCGCUGAAGCGGUAAUUGCGGCCGGACCUUCCAACAGUCACAACCCCGCCGAUGAGCUAGAAACUAAGGAAAUCAAGCAGGAAAGCUUGGAGGAAGUUUUCGCCGAACCGAUAAACAUCCGGAAGUGCCAAAAAUCGGAGCCACCUUCAACGUUCUGCUCGCUCUGUCUGCGGCAAUGCUUGGAGGAGCAGGUCCAGGAAUUUUCCACCUACCAGAGUUGGAAUGGGGCCAGCUUCGAAGAUCGUCGGGGGAAGUUGGAGCAGAUGCUGGGAGGCGUGCAGAUUGACGGGGACAUUUGUCAGACCUGCUGGCGCAUGGUCGAGCUGGCCGUGGACUUCCGGCAGAGCUGCUUGAAGAUGGUCGAGUUAAAGGAGAGAUAUCCGGUUGGAGUUGCGAGGAAGGAUGAGGACGAGGAGGAAUGGUUUGUUGGGGGAACCUUGGAAGGUUUGGGUCGAACGCGGAAGAUGGUGCAGGAUCAUAUGCAGCGCGUUGAGUUCGCGGAGGUCAGUUUGAGGAAUGAAAUCAACAUGAAAGUAGAGAAGGGUUCUGACGAUGACACGACUUUGCUGGAAGAAGAUACGGAUUUUUGUGAAGAUCACUUCGAAGAUGACACUGGAAGCAAUCCUGACGAAUCAACGGAAAACGUGGAAGAACCUUGCGAUGAACCAGACUUAACACUAGCCGAAAGCAUCCCAAUUCCACUGUUCACAUGCACCAGCUGCAACAGAUCGUUCGAGAGCAAAGUGUCGCUGCACGUCCAUCUGAACUAUUGCGACAGUUCGAAAACGGAACCGAUCCGCACGUUCAGCUGCACAGUCUGUUCGGCGGAUUUCAUGUGCCGCGAAUCGUUGACCGGUCACCUCAACAAGCACAAAGGAAUCAAACCGUUCCAGUGUUCCAAACCCAGCUGCACCAAGACCUUCUACAGUCCGAUGACGCUGCGCGUCCACGAGCGAGGUUGCGGCUCGUCCCCGUUCGUUUGUGCGCUGUGCGGAGUGACCACCAAGACCCUUUCGAGCUACAGAGCGCAUCAGGAGACACAUAACGAGCGUACGCUGGCCUGUCCGGAUUGUGAUAAGAAGUUCUCGUCGAGGACGUACCUCAAAAAGCACCAGAAGGUGCACACGAACGCACGGAACUACCCGUGUACGGAGUGCGGGAAGACGUUCAAGACCAACUAUGCGGCGCGGGUUCAUAUGAGGAUUCACACGCAGGAGAAGCCGUUUAGUUGUGCAAUUUGUGGGAUGGGAUUUGCGUACAAAUGCUUGGUGAAGCCGCACAUGGAGAAGAACCACGAGGGAGCGAUUUAAUAAAUCUUGACGAAGGAAUGUUUCACUUCAGUAUUUAUAUCACUUCCAGAUUCAGCUGUAUAAUGAAAGCUCCCUUGAAUCGCCUAGUAGUAAUGCCGAUCCUGAGUGAUGAGUAUUCAGUAACUUUGGUCUACGACUAUUUGGGAAACGGUUUCAGCCCUGAAAAGGACUCGAGCCAGCUAAUGGAUUUCGAAAUGUUUUCAGUAACAGAUGCAUA